UCCCUUGCCAGUACUUCCUGGUUGUGCCGACAACAUGGCGGCGCCCAUAGCGAUUCACCUGGAGUUUGGAGGAGGAGCAGAGCUGCUGUUUAAUGGCGUGAAGGAACAUCAUGUGACUCUUCCAAGCCAAUCACAGCCAUGGGAUUUGAAGCAGCUGCUGGUCUGGAUCCAACGGAACCUGCUGAAGGAGCGGCCUGAACUCUUUGUCCAAGGAGAAUCAGUGAGACCCGGGAUUCUCGUGCUUAUCAAUGAUGCAGACUGGGAACUAAUGGGGGAGCUGGAUUACCAACUGCAAGACCAGGACAACAUCGUGUUUAUUUCUACUCUUCAUGGUGGAUAGAAAAUGAGCGAGGAAUGCAAACACAUCCCUGACUUCUCUGUAACCCCCCCCCAUAUCCCCAAUGCUCCCCAGUGUCCCCCUCCAAAUCCCAACAACACGUAAAACCCACUGGGACGCUGUGAAUGUGUCAACCUGCACCGUGACGAUGGAGGUGAUUGAUGUUGCUCUGCAGGAAUGAGUGGAAACUCAGAGAUGGCUGCUGAGGAAAAUGAGGAAGGUGUGAGAUGGGAAUUCUGCAGACUUUCUCAUAAAAACUGACUUUUUUAUCUUUUUUGAGAUAAGAUUGGUCAGGCUCGUGGGGCAGCCGUGUAAAGCUUGGGUCGUCCUGGUCAGCUCACAGAUUCAAGUGUAAACACCAACAGUUUGUUUGUGUGUGUUCACAUCCCUUCAAUUUCUCGUCUAGUGUGAUAAUAGAAGACAAAAGGACCCCAGCUUGAGUUUUAAAAUGGUUCUCUGCUCGUGAGAAUUUAAAAUGAAGGGUAACACUUAAACAUCCAUGAAUUAGCUCUUAUACGAUGCAUUUAAAAUAGAAAUAUAUACAUUAUAAUGUAGCUGUAUACAGAUAUAGGCAUUCUAAGUGUAUUUGUAACAUCUUAUACAUAUUUUAAUAUUAAAACAGGGUUUAUCGAUGUGAUUCACCUGUCUAUACACUGAUGAUAAUAAACACCCUAAAAUAGCUGCAUAUAAAUGUACUUACAUCUACAUUAUAGUGUCUUAAAAACACUAGUUUCUAAUAUUAAAUGUUGAUAUAGUGUGAAACUCUAAUGUUUAAGUGUUCCCCAAAAUGUUUUUUAAUGUUUCAUUUUUUUGGUCCCAUGUUAUUUUGAAUAAAUGUAUUAUUUUUCUACCUUUUUGUUUCUAUUUUUUAUCAACAAUUUCUUUUCUGAUAUAGAAAAAAACAUAAAACCACAUUUUUCUGUAUUGUGGGAUUUAACUCAAAACAAUAUGUAUCUUUGUUCAUCUUCCAUUUUUAUUUUCUUGUUUUUUCCUUUACAUCACCAUCGGGUGGGAAUAUUUCCAAUAAUGGCCUGAAUGUUGAAAUGUGGAAUGCAUAAUAAAUUAGACAAAUGUUUAGGCUACUCA